CAGAAGGAAUCUCUUCUAUACACUACCGCGUCCGGUGGAACAUCAUGUCUGCUAUGAGGACAUUGACGGUCGCGGGAUUGUUUCUGGCUUUUUGCGCGUUGGGACUCAUUGCAGUCGCAAUAUGUACUGACAACUGGUACGAGACCGAUGCAAGGAGGCACAGGGAACGUUGUAAGAAUUAUUCCAACAAAAGGAACGACCCUGGAUUCAUCUAUAUCUCCAACCAGAACCUCCCACUCCGUAUGCUACCGAAGGAGAAUAACGUGGAGCGGAAGGGGUCGAGUGGAGGUGUCCUCCUGCGGGCUAAGCGACACUUCUUGCCCCCUGCCCCGGCCAUGGAGUCCCUCUGCAGUCGGCAGUACAACUCCACCAUCUCCGGGCUGUGGAGGAAAUGUCACCGGGAGGGAUUCGACCUGGAGACAGAGGAUCUCAUCUUUAAAGGUUUAGUUCAGCGCUGCACACCGAUAAAAUACUACUACUAUUAUUUAGCCCUUCCCAGAAAGCUGAGCGUCAAUAUAAUCAAGACUAUUCGUCAGGAUGAGUGGCACGCACUCCACCUGCAGAGAAUGACAACCAGUUUCAUCGGCAUGGCUGUGUCCAUCAUCCUGUUUGGCUGGGUGAUCGGGGCUCUGGGCUGCUGUCAGCAGCAUGACCUGAUGCAGUACGUAGCGGGACUGCUCUUCCUCAUGGGAG